GAAGCGUGCGAGAGUUAGGAUUCAAAGAAAAUGUACACACGACGACUGGGCGCUUUUUUCUCUGAACAACAAGCGAAGUAAUAGGUUUAACAAUGAAUGCUGAGAAUAUAAAUAAUGCCGAGAAAAAAUCUUGGACCGAAGCUGAGCGCUUAGAACUUGCUGCUAAACUGGACGCUGAGUUGGAUGACUAUAUUAAUAAUUUGGAGCGAAAACAGUAUACAGAAGGAUGGCCGGAAGAUCGUUGGGAAGCCGAAAUGGACAAGCAUCCUUUCUUCAUGAAAAAAGCUCCCCAAGUUGGAGACGAAUUAUCGCCGCUAAUGGAAGGCUUACAACAGUUGAAAUACGAUGAGAACGAAAAUACUCCCGAAGAAUUAGCAAAUAACUACAAAGAAGAUGGAAAUUUCAAUUUCAAAUACAAGAACUACCGUCUAGCUAUAAUGGGCUACACAGAAGGCAUCAGAACUAAAUGUAAAGAUGAUGAUUUAAUGGCUCAGCUUUAUAACAAUAGAGCUGCUGCACAUUACAUGCUUCAGAAUUACCGAUCCAGUUUAAACGAUUGCAAACAUGCUUUGAAACUUAAGCCAGAUUAUCCAAAAGCAUGGAACAGAGCUGCAAACUGCUGUUCGCAAAUCAAGGACUAUGAUCAAUGUAUUACUUACUGUGAUCAAUUUUUAGAAAAAUCUCCGUCGGACAAGGUGAUAUUAAAUCUUCGAAACGAAGCAGUGGCUAACAAGAAAAAAUUGGAGAGGGAUAAACGUCGAACUGAUGCCUUGGCUAAGAAAAUUGAACGAGAAGAGGAAACUUUACUCGAAAUAAUUCAAAGCAGAGGAGUAAAUAUCGAAUUGGGCUCAGGCAAGAGGCACCUGCAACUAUCUGAUCUCGAACCGUGUGUACCUCAAAUAGCCCAGAACAGAGUGCAUUUGGUGGAAAACGGCCGUUUAGUUUGGCCCGUUAUAAUUUUAUACCCAGAAACUCAUCAAACAGAUUUCAUUCAAGAAUUUCACGAAGAUACCAGAUUGAUAACGCAGUUGGAAGAAUUGUUUGAAGAAUCUCCGGGAUGGGACACAGGACGGCGGUAUUAUCCAAAAAAUGUAAAUGUGUACUUUGAGGGCAAAGGGAAACGUACUGUUCACAAAAUUGACGUUGAAGCAACGCUUGGGAAAAUUCUGGCUGACCAGAGGUUCGAGGUGAGAGGAGGAACUCCGGCGUUUCUGGUGUUGGUCGCAUCGAGCGAAGCGGAGAAGCGAUUUUUAGCCAAUUAUUGACUUUGAACUGACUCCAAUCGCGUUACGGAAACGCUUCUCAACUCCACGGAGCUUUGAACCCACCGUUCAAGACGCUAACUCUCGCGUUACCUUUCUCCUCUACGUUGUUUUCUUUUAUUUUUUUUCUCUACCGCCACGUCACGCUCGAUCAUCCAUAAUUUUCAAAUGUUUAUUCCCACUGAGGUUGUAUACUACCUGUAACUUCGAAGCGAAUAAAUUUUCGUCUCUUGUUCGUGAAUUCUCAGAUCCUAGAAAGAGGGAAUAACCGUUUGGAUUCAUUUCAUAUUCAUGAAUCGUUUCUUCCCGUUUUUAUCCCCCUUACCCUUCCUGUCAUUUCUCAGUUAUCGUGCAAAUGGGAUUGCAAGACUUGGAGUUUCUUAUCUUUUCUUUUACUCGCUCUAUCCGUCGAUUCUUUGAUCAAAUACACGAUCUUUUAUUUUAUCUUCUCUUUUUUUCACACUUUCCAAUUGAUAUUCAAAUUCUUUUACCCUCAUGAUUCGCAAAGAACCGCACUCAGCGAUUCGCUUGCCGAUGCAGAUACGAUCUGAUGCAGAUAAAUAACGUAAAGCGGUUUUUAACGAACAUUCGUCCAGGUGUCAAACGAGAAAACAAUAACAAUUCCAACGUGAUUAGGAGAGACAAUUUGCUCGAUUUUGAUCUCUCUUGUGAUGUUACCAACUUUCUUUUCAACUUAAUUCUAUCGUUUAACCACUGUAUAAUUAUUUCGUAACGUGAAUAUUUCAUUGUUGUUAAAAAAUAUAUCAGGGAAUCAAUUCGAGAAAUUUUAAUGGAAUGAUUCCUUAAUUUGAAAUAAAUCUACGUAACAAUAUGAAGUACGUAUGACUUGUAAAGUUGCCCGCAUGAUAUAAAAACCUAAUUGAUGUCGAGUUCACGGUGAAAUAUGUAUUUGUCAGGUGUUAACGUAGCAGUACGAACUGGCAUAUUGUUAUUGAAGUAGAAUACGAGCGGGGGGCGGGUGUUCCCGGGGAUUACUUAUAACUGUUGGAACCGUCGUGUUCCCGUGGCGAGGAGGUAGGUAUGUACAUACCGUGGUGCGUGUACGUGAUAUAUUUCCCUCCGCGUCACGUCGCGUCGGGUUCAACGGGAGAACAUGAUUUGUGGGGGGUGGUUAAAUAAGAAAAAAUGUUGCUCAAAUAUAUUGACGUAGGCGUAACUCUGGUUUACUGUACAGCUAUAAAUCUGAAUGUUUUCGCAAAUGGCCAUAAGUAGCUUGCGCGCCGCGCGCCAAAGUCAUCAUUUCACGGUUGUCCGUCUCGUGUCCGAUGCCUCCUCGACUUGGGGAAAAUAUCUUUAUUAUUUAAUUGCCGUUGUAAAGAUAUAUAUAUUUAUUCUUAAACUGUUGUAAAUAAAGCAAUAAAUACUUCAAUAACCACGUUUCUA